CUACGUCCUCACCCAGCAACAGCAAUUCAUGAUGUCUAUAGUCUCUGAGGCCAUCUGGGCCGCAUCUCCCACGACCACCCGCGGCCAACCCACCCCGCUGUCGUCAGAUCCCAAGGGCGAGAGGGUAGCAUAUGCGUCCAACAAGUCAAUCUUCCUACGAAACAUCGACAAUCCAGCCAUCAGCAAACAAUACACAGCCCACACCUCCCAGACUUCUGUCGCCCGCUUCUCGCCCUCAGGCUACUACGUAGCUAGUGGUGACGUCUCUGGCACCGUGAGGGUAUGGGACUGUGUAGGAGAGGGCGCUACAAAAGGCGAAUACCACAUCAUAUCCGGCCGCAUCAAUGAUAUUGCAUGGGAUGGCGACAGCCAACGGAUAAUUGCUGUCGGUGACGGGAAAGAACGCUUUGGGCACUGCAUCACGGCAGACAGCGGCAACAGCGUGGGCGAGAUAUCUGGACACUCUUCGCAGAUCAAUUCGGUUUCUAUACGCCAGCAGCGGCCGCUGCGUGCGGUUACUGGGAGUGACGAUACGAGUUUGGUCUUCUACCAUGGUGCACCUUUCAAGUUCAAUACGAAUCUGCGGGGUCAGCAUAGUAGAUUUGUGUUUGGGACUGCGUUCAGCCCGGAUGGCAACGUGUUUGGGAGUGUUGGUGCGGACAAGAAAAUUUGGCUAUUCGAUGGCAAGACGGGCGAGCAGAAGACCGCAAUCGGCGAUGGCGUUCACACGGGCAGUAUCUUCGGGAUUUCUUGGUCGAAAGACUCGAAGCAGUUCGUCACGGCGAGCGCCGACCAAACUGUCAGAAUAUGGGACGCCGAGGCUGGAAAAGCUGUUCAGACGUGGAGAAUGGGCGAAGAAGGCGUCGUCAGCAUUCCCGAUCAGCAAAUGGGAGUAGUCUGGCCCUCAGGACGGAGCGACGGCCUCGUCAUCAGCGUCGACCUCGAAGGAAACCUCAACUAUCUGAUCCCAGGCUCUCAAAAACCGACGCAGGUCGUCCGUGGACACCAGAAGAACGUCACUGCGGCUGCUAUAUCUGACUCUACAUUCUUCACCGGCAGUUUUGAGGGCCGCAUUCGAGCUUGGGACAUCUCCACAGGCCUCGCCGACAAAGUCGAUGGUGAUGGCCACUCGAAUUACGUAGCCGGCCUCACUGCGACGUCGGCAAAAGGAGAACCCCAGGUCUACAGCGUCGGCUGGGACGACUCCCUCCGCUCCAUCUCUGUCCCAACCAAGACCUUCACAGGCUCUAGCACUUCCCUCAAGUUCCAACCAAAAUGCGUAACCACCACCUCCGGCACCGUUCUCAUCGUAGCACCAGAAUCCAUCGAACUCUACAAUGACGGCGAAUCCGUAGGCUCCUUCCCCGUCAAAUACACCCCCACCACCAUCGCCGCCUCUGGCUCCACAGUGGCCGUCGGGGGUGACGACAAACUCGUCCACAUCUACACCCUCAGCGGCACCACCCUCAAAGACGCCUCCACCGAGCUCCGCCGUGCCACCUCCCCCAUCUCCGCCCUCGCCUUCUCAGCAAACGGGGAACGUCUCGCCGUCGGCGCUGCGAAUGGCAAGAUCUAUGCCUUCGAAGCUGGCGGGGAGUGGAAACUCAUCACCGACCGGUGGAGCGCGCAUACCGCGCGAAUUACGAGCCUAGCGUGGGACGAGAGCGCGGAGGCGGCGGCGAGCGGGAGUCUGGAUACGAAUGUAAUGGUGUGGAGUGUGAAGGAUCCGGGGAAGAGGAUUAAGGCGCUGAAUGCGCAUAAGGAUGGGGUUACGGGGGUUGCGUGGGCGGGGGUCGGUAAGGUGGUGAGCACGGGGGGUGAUGCGGCGGUCAAGGUGUGGAAAGUGAGUGGGUUGUGA